AUGGUCAACGUGACGUCCGCGGCGGACCCGGGCGGGAGCCGCGUGAGCUACAACGUCCUGGCCCUGGUGUUCGGCGUGCCCCUCAUCCUGGUCAUCAUCCUGGGCAACAUCCUGGUGUGCCUCAGCGUCCUCACCGAGAGGUCCCUCAAGACCGCCACCAACUACUUCAUCGUCAGCCUGGCCGUGGCCGACCUGCUGCUGGCCGUGCUGGUGCUGCCCCUCUACGUCUACUCGGAGUUCCUGGGAGGCGUGUGGACCCUGAACACGUACAUCUGCGACGCCCUCAUGACCAUGGACGUGAUGCUCUGCACGGCGUCGAUACUUAACCUCUGCGCCAUCAGCGUCGACAGGUACAUCGCGGUCGUGGUCCCGCUGAAGUACAACCGUAACCAGUUCAGCGCGCGGCAGCUGGUGCUGAUCUCGGCCACGUGGGUGCUGUCGCUGGGCGUGGCCAGCCCGGUGAUCUUCGGGCUGAACCAGGUGCCGGGCCGGGACGCCAGCGUGUGCCGGCUGGAGGACGACAGCUUCGUGGUGUACUCGUCCGUGUGCUCCUUCUUCGUGCCCUGCCCCGUCAUGCUGCUGCUGUACUACUGGAUGUUCAGGGGCCUCCGCCGCUGGAGCGCCGGCCGCCGCUCCAAACUCCUGCGGGGCGACCGCCGCUUCUCCCUCACCCUGCGGGGCCUGCGCCGGCCCCGGAGGGCCAGGGGCCGCUGCCUGAUGCCCGCGCCCAGCCCCGGGGCGGGAGAGGGGCCGGGGGGCCCCGUGCACGGGCUGGCCCUGCCCCUGAGCGAGGCCGACCUGGCCACCAGCCAGAUGGACAGCGUGUCGGACGCCGAGGGGCCCGAGAGGGUCCGGCGGGGGGGGCCCCGGGAGAACGGGCGGUGGGCCCCCGGGAAGAGCGGCAGGGUGAGCGGGAGAGAGAGGAAGGCCAUGAAGGUGCUGCCCGUGGUGGUAGGUGUGUUCCUGGCCUGCUGGACGCCGUUCUUCGUGGUGCACGUCACCAAGGUGCUGUGCGCCUCCUGCAGCAUCGGGCCCACGCUCAUCUCCGUGGUGACGUGGCUGGGCUACGUAAACAGCGCCGUCAACCCCAUCAUCUACACCGCCUUCAACACCGAGUUCAGGAACGUCUUUCACAAGCUCCUGUGCUGUCAGACAUGAGCCGCCGCUUCUGACCGGCUCCUGCGCCGUCGGACAUGAGCCGCCGCUUCUGACUGGCUCCUGUGCUGUCGGACAUGAGCCGCCGCUUCUGACUGGCUCCUGUGCCC